AUCUCCUCGCAUCAGUUUGUGACUUGCAACAAGACUAAACAGUACGUCGGACAGGUGCUAAACUCGAAGCCCUUCCAGCCUCUUCAGCCCCGCCUCGCAAAGACCGUGAGGAGAUCGAAGAAAUGCGACCCCAGGGCACCAUGUCUGAUCGCCUGACUGUCGAAGUCGAUUGUACAUCCCUCGGCUCAAACGAGUGCCCUUCUAUGACUAGCUUUUCGCCACUGGAUUCGCCCAAGACCACUCCAACCAGUGUUUACAGCCACGGUUCGCUACAGUCCCCUGGCUGGCACGAGGGAGGGUCAUUCCCCAGUCAAGCGUACGAGCGACACACUGGAUCGACGCCCAUGCGUGCAUUUCGCCUGGCCAGCAUGACCUCAGGCGACGUGAUGAGUAUGCCUUAUGCCAAUAUGGAACCUCAGGAGCGGAUGCCGAUGACCGACUUCUUGUCCGGAUACGAUGAGAACGUCGAGCAAUUUUGGAUUCCCUCCGAAGCACCGAAGACGUACGAGCAUGGAGUACAGGGCUUGCCAUACCCGCCGCAGAUGCAUCACUACGCUACUAUGGCUCGCCCCAACUAUCGCCAGCACCAUGCACCUUAUCUACCAGAAUCCGCAACCAACCCCUGCCUAUCGAGGUCCAUCUUCCAUCAUCAGCAUGAGCGAAUUCCCACGUCCAUGUCGAUGGGUAAUAUGAUCCCUCCCUGGCUGGCUCCGCCUGCCGAGUCGAUUGCUCCACAGACCAUUGCGCCCUCUCAGGUUGCCCCCGUCACGCCCCCACCAUCAUACUCGGAAUUCCCAGCGUCGCUCGGCGGCUUCAAGACUCACACCCCGACUACUCCUGUGCGGUCAUGCUCGCUGGGCAGUGGUUCGGGCUCGGAUACCCCGGUCAGCAGACUCUCUGGUAGCAUGGAAUACAUGGACGACUUUAGCCAAUCCCCCGUUUAUCGAGACGGCCUUGUCCGCGUACAGCGCCAACCCUCACGCAAGACUGCCCGGAAGCAAGCCUCGAAGCAGAGCCUCAGCCUGGAGAACCUUCCGUCGAUUAUCAAACAGGUUCAGUUCAAGUGCAAAGAGCCAGGGUGCAAGGGCCGCUUUAAGCGCCAGGAGCACUUGAAGAGACAUAUGAAAAGCCAUUCUAAGGAGAAACCACAUGUGUGCUGGGUUCCCGGGUGUCAUCGUGCUUUCUCCCGCAGUGACAACCUCAACGCACAUUAUACCAAGACCCACAGCAAGCGAGGUGGCCGCAACCGCUAUGUCGCCACAUUGGAUGAAAAUAGUCCCGACUACAACCCAGAAUAUCGCGGUCAAUUAACCCCUGAUGGGCGACCGCUCUACGCCCAGAAGCACGACGACUCGAUGUCCAGUGCUCGUCAUAUGAGUGUCGAGUGGGACGAAUGAAUACGGGGCGGGAGAUGAGGACAGGCGGACCAAACCAUGAUACCCUUGGCGAACAGGUUGCCAUUUCUCCUUUUUGGUCUUAGAUGGGGAACAGACUCACAGGGGCCAGGCGGACCCGGUCGGCGCUUCACGGCGUUAUUUGUAAAACAUACCUGGUUAUAUACACCGGAUUAUUUCCUUUGUUGGUUUGAUGAUGUUGCAUAUUCUUCUCCUUUUUUAUUUCCUUCAGUCCCUUUCCUAUC